AUGCAUUAUGUUUUAAAUGAUCAAAGUUUUUAUUUUCCGUCAUCUAAUGACCAAUCUUAUGCAUUACGACAAUUUCUUGCCAAACAAGAAUAUCAAUUACCACUUAUUGUUCGAGUAUCAUCAUCAAAUAUCGAUGAUUUAUCAAUAAAAAAUUUUCUAUCAAAAAAUAUUCCAUUAUUAUUAUUAAAUGUUCAUCAAUUUCGAUCAAUUUUAUCCGAAUAUUAUACAUCAAAUGAUAAUAAACAUCAUUCAAAUAAAUAUCGAUUAACAUUAACACAAGGUAAAUUACUUUCAAAACAAAAAACGAAAUAUCGUACAAUGAAAAAAUUAUCGAAAUCAUUAGUAACAGUUGCAUCAACAAAUCUUGAGGAUGAAAAUAGUGAUGAUGAUUAUUUUAAAACACGUACAAUUGUUAGAAAUUUAAAUGAAAAACGUUCAACAUUAGCACCACUUUGUCGGAUACCAAUUACUUAUGAAAGAUUUUUUGAAGUACUCAAUGAAAAUGAUCAAGCUAUUGAACCAUUUCAUAAAAUAUCUGAUUUACUUAUUAUUGAAUAUAGUAAAGAUGAUAAUAAUCAAGAUAUUCGUAUUGAAAAAUGGCCUCAAUCAUUUUUUCUUCGUAGUACAUGUAAAGCAUAUACAAAAAGAUAUAUUCCAGAUGAAAAUAAACUUUCUGCUAGUUCAGAUUCUUGUUAUGGAUCAUUAUCGGAUUUAGAUUCACAAAGAAAUCUUCUUAUUUUAAAUGAUAAUAAACAAAUACUUCAACCCGGUCAAGUCAUUAAAAUCUUAAAUCAAUGUUCAGCAUAUUGUAGUCAAACAUCAAAACAUGAAAAUCAAAUAAUUGAACAACCUACAUCACCUUCAUCAACAACAACAUCAUGGUUAAGAAAUAAAUCGCGUUUCUUUUUUCCAAGAAAAAAAACUCAACCAACACAAACAUUGAAUAAGCAAUCAACGAUAAAUAAUAUUUAUGAUAUACCAAAAAUAUCUGAACCAUACUUAAAAUGUCAAAUAGAACAAGGUGAUAUUGUUUAUAUAUCUAUUUAUGAAAUUGGUCUUUUUAGUCCAAUUUAUUCAAAGAAUCAUCGUGUAAAUUCAUUAACAGACUCAGAAAAUUUGGAUAUAUCAGGUGUUUUUCAAUUAAAAGAAUUAUUAACAAAUUUUCGUUUCCCAAUAUCAGUUCGUUUGGUUAAUAAUUCAAUAAAAUUUGAAAAUAUUUAUUCCCCAUCAACUAUUAAUCAUUCCGAAUCAUCAUUUUUAUCAUCAACAAAAUUUCGUUUAUUAUUACCAUAUAUUGAAGAUGUUAUUUUUGCAUGUCCAUUAAUAGUUCCAUCAUGUUUUAAAUCUGAAACACUUGUUAUACCAAUUCCAAUUAAUAAUGGUAUAAAAAUUCAACGGUGUUUAAAUAUGCGUGAAAUAUCAAAAAAUAAAGAUUAUAUAAAUUUAAUGGAGAAAUGCUCUCAUAUUAUACAUCAAUAUGAAACGGAAUUUUCCUAUAUACAUUUUCCACUUAUAUUAAAUACACCAACAAAACAUAUGUCUAAAUCUAAACAACCUCUAUUUAAAAAACGAUCACGAUCAGAAUCUCAUAUUGAUUAUCAAUCAACAGAUUUAAAUAAAGAUAAUUAUAGAAAAUCAUGUGAUAUAUUAGAUCAUAAUAAUGAAUUUGAUACUGAUGAAAAUGAUAAACAAGAACAAAUUGAUCAUGUUAAUAUUCUUAAACCAAAUGUAUCGAAUACUGCUGAUGACUAUAAUCAAGAAAAUAAACCUGCAAGAUAUUCAAGUUAUUAUGCAAAAAUAAAAAUUGAUAAACCAAGAAGAUAUUGUCGAGAACAAGAUCUAGAUGCUGAUGAUGAAAAUUACCGAGAUCUUGAUCAUAUUUAUGAUUAUAUACGUUCAGGUGAUGUAACUGAUGAUGUACAAAAAAUUCAAGCAAAAGAACAAGCAAUAAGUACAAAAAAUAACCAAAUAAAUAAUAUUUCAAAAUUAUAUGUAUCAUCUGUACGUCCUAUAUCUAAUUCAACAAUAAAAAAUUCUGAAAUCAUGAAAAGGCGUCAACUUCGUCAAAACCUUGAUGAUUCAAGACCGCUUGAUAAUGAAUCUGAUGAAAAUAAUAGACUUCAUACUAAUUACUCAUCAUCAAGACGACAUUCAGUUGAUGUUCUAUCUGAAUCGAGACAAUUAAAACCAAUAACUCAAAUGAAAAGAAUAAGCAAACAUUAA